UAGAUCAUUCUUUUUUCCUGUAACACCCUACUAUAGUGUACUAUAUUUCAUUUUAUUCACACAAAGGAAAAAAAAUGAGUACGGAAAUGGGUGAUAUUAGGCAUUAUGAGAAUGCAAAUAUCCUCACAAACAAAAAGGGAGAGGAGUUAGUAAUAGAUUUAGGAAGCAUAGAUACACAAAGCCUUUUGAUGGAAGGAGAGAUACAAACUUAUACAAAUAUAUUGUCUGCUAGGGAGAUGGACUCUCUUACUGCCCUUUGUGACACCAUCUUACCGGCCGUCGAUCCGCCGGAGAAUACGGCCGAUGAGUCCCUCGUCCGGUUUUACAAAACUUCUGCCUCCAUGGCUGGGACUCCUGAGCAUUUAGGAAGGAUGAUAAGCCACAGACUUCGGCAUCAUGUGUUCUUAAUCCGAUUUCUUCUAUUUAUGUUGUCAACGAGGUUGGGAACUUUUGUAUUUGGAGGAAUACACAGCUUGUCCAUUUGUUUCCCAUUUUUCCUCAAGUUCUCCGAACUAUCCCUUGAAAAACGCCAACAUAUUUUGCUCUCUUUAUCUACUAGUUGCUUCAUUUUAUUUCGGAUGGCCUUCGUUGGCAUCAAGCUCCUUGUUCUUCUGGCCUUCUUUACUCAGGUGGACGAAUCUGAAGAGAACCCAUCUUGGGAAGCAAUAGGCUAUUGUGGUCCAGAUCCAGAUUUCGUAUCCAAAAAGCGAAAUGAGUCAAGCCAAUCAUUGGGCUACAUCACACCCAAAUCCUAUCAUAGUAGCCCAACUACAGAAGUCCAAGCCCAAGCCCAAGCCCAAUCCAAAUAUGAUCUAUAUGGCCCACUUUACAAGGGUAUAAUUAGUGUAAAAUAUCCCCAAGAAAUUCUCACUGAAUCUCUGAAACGAUGUGGCAUCCACGUGUCAGUAAAUCGGAAAAAGAAAAACUCCGAAAAACCAAAAAUUACAAUUCAAUGUGAUGUUGUUGUAGUAGGUUCAGGAAGUGGUGGUGGUGUUGUUGCUGGAGUUUUAGCUUCAGCAGGAUAUAAAGUAGUUGUAAUUGAGAAAGGAGAUUAUUAUGCUAGAACAAAUCUAUCACUUUUAGAGGGUCAUACUUUAGAUCAUAUGUAUGAAGGUGCAGGGAUGAUAUCAACUAGGGAUUUAGGUGUGAAUAUAUUGGCAGGAUCAACAGUUGGAGGUGGAUCAACUAUAAAUUGGUCAGCAUCAAUAAGAACACCACCACAUGUAAUUAAAGAAUGGGCUAAUGUACAUGAACUAGAGAUUUUUGAUAGUCCUUUAUAUAAGGAAGCUCUUGAAGUUGUUUGUGAAAAGAUGGAGGUGCAAAGUGAUGUAAGUGAUGAAGGGUUUAAUAAUGCAGUGCUUAGGAAGGGUUGUUUGGAGCUAGGAUACCCUCUGGUUGAUAUUCCUCGAAACGCGCCACCGGAUCACUAUUGUGGUUGGUGUUGUCUUGGUUGUAAGGAUGGAAGGAAGAAGGGUACUUGUGAGACUUGGCUUAAAGAUGUAGUGAAUUCAGGAAAUGGAGUUAUACUAACAGGGUGUGAAGUUGCAAAAGUGUUGUAUGGAAGGCAAAAAGGGAGGAAUCGAGACACAGCUAAAGGUGUAAUGUUCGACAUUACUAGUAAUGAUCAUCAAUCAUCAUGUGUUAUAGUGGAGGCGAAGGCAACAAUCAUAGCUUGUGGUGCACUCAAUACACCAGCAUUGUUAAGAAGAAGUGGACUAAACAACAAAAAUAUAGGAAAAAAUUUACACCUUCACCCUGUAGUUAUGGCUUGGGGAUACUUCCCCGAUUCAGAACCACUAUCAUCCUUGUUGUCGGACAACCAAGGUGAUCAAGUAUGGCCGCAAAAGCAGAAAAAGAGUUACGAGGGUGGUAUCAUGACCACCAUGUCUACUGUGGUAGCAGAUUUUAACGAUUCAGGGUAUGGUGCCGUGAUCCAAACACCAUCGUUACACCCAGGUUUAUUCUCUGCGUUGAUGCCAUGGACCUCGGGUUCAAACAUUAAGCAUAGAAUGACUAAAUUUUCUCGUACAGCCCAUAUAUUUGCCCUUUCACGCGAUGUUGGAUCCGGCAUUAUUUCUACUUCUCCUUUCGAUAUUUCAUACAUGAUGGAUCCUAUAGACGAAGCUAAUCUAAAAAAAGGCGUGGAGAAGAUGCUUAGGAUACUAGCAGCUGCAGGAGCUGAAGAAAUUGGUACUCACCAUAACAGUGGAGAAAGCAUUAAUGUAAAGAAAGCUACUUAUCAUGAAUUUGAGAAGUUUGUUAAAAGAGAGAGUUCGAAAGAAAUACAAGGUCUGUCAACGCCAGUUGCUUCUGCCCACCAAAUGGGAAGUUGUAAGAUGGGCGUCGAUCCCAGGACCUCAGUGGUGAACCAAAUGGGAGAGAGUUGGGAUGUAGAGGGACUUUAUAUAGCUGAUUCAAGUGUCUUUCCUACUGCUUUGGGCGUAAAUCCCAUGGUCACUGUUCAAGCUAUUUCUUAUUGCACAGCUCAAUCAGUGCUUGAGUAUCUAAAACGAAAAAAGAAAUGAUGCAUAAUGAUAAUGUAAUAAUUAUAUAUAUACAUAUGUAUUGUAUGUUUAUGUAUCUAUCUCUACACAUAAUUAUAUAUAUGUCUAGUCAAGUUUUUACUUUUUAUA